AUGUUUCUGAAAUUUGGCUCUGAUUAUCUAAUCCAAAUAAAAUGCUCCUACCUAAUUGAAAAAUACAAAAAAAAAUUAAAAAAAUUGAAAGAGCUGAAAAAUGGACUAAAGUCGUCUUUCGAGAAAAAGAAAAAAGAACAGUAUAUAGACAGAUACUUGUUUAACAAGGAAAAGGAACAGCUAUAUAGCGAAUUAAGCAAAAAGAGAGAAGAAUUUGAAUUAGAGCGUUUAGAAAAAACAAGGGAGCUAUACAACACCUAUUUUGCAGAUAUAUUUUUAUAUGAACAAGAAUAUUAUCAGUGCAUUUAUAAGGUGUUCAAGAAUUUGCUACAAAAGAAAGAAGAAAUUGAUGAAAAGGAAAGACAAGUGAUUAAAUUACAUGAACAUGUGUAUAUGAUUAUUUCCGAUAAAAAUAUAAACAAAUUAUUAGAAAAAAAAAUUGAAUACACAAAUAGCCCAACAGUUGAGACGUGUAAAAAAGAAAAGCAAGUUAAUGAGAGAAACAUUUUAGACAUAGAUAAUAUAUGCAAUAUAAAUGUAAGUGAAAUUUAUGCAAGUAUAAUCCUUGAUCAGAAUGAGGAAAAUGUCUAUUCAUACAAUAAGAAAAGUAAUAAAUUAUAUAAAUCAAAUGAAAAGAAAUCUUUAAUUAAACGUAAUACUGUUCCGCAUAUAAAUGAAUACAACGAAUUUUUAAAUGGAAAAGGUAGUAGGUUACCCGAAAAAGGAAAAAGAAUUAAUGAAAAGGUAGAGAGUUCGAACGGCAAAAGUUAUGGAAAGAAAUUUUAUCAAGUAAACAGACAGAGAGAAGCAGAAGCGCAACAUCGAGAUGAACAGAAAGUAGUUGAAGAGGCGGAUGAAGAGGCGAAUGAAGAGGCGGAUGAAGAGGCGGAUGAAGAGGCGGAUGAAGAGGUGGAUGAAGAGGCGGAUGAAGAGGUGGAUGAAGAGGUGGAUGAAGAGGUGGAUGAAGAGGUGGAUGAAGAGGUGGAUGAAGAAGCGGAGGAGAUGAAGAGAAAAAAUACAUCUCAAGUGAAUGAAUAUUUUUAUCACGAUCAACUUGAGAAUGAGAAUGAAUAUGCGUUACAUGAAAAGGAAAGGCAAAAAAAUAAAUACACUGAAAACAGUGAAGAUAUAGGACAUAUGUUCCUACGAAGGGGGGAAUAUAAUAUAAAUCACUGCUAUCAGAAUGAUGAGCCUCGCAGCAAUGAAUUUGAAGGAGUAGUGGAAGGAGUAGAAGUAGAAGACGCAGUAGGAGUAGAAGUAGAAGACGUAGUAGGAGUAGAAAUAGAAGACGUAGUAGGAGUGGAAGUAGAAGACGUAGUAGGAGUGGAAGUAGAAGACGCAGUAGGAGUGGAAGUAGAAGACGCAGUAGGAGUAGAAGUAGAAGACGUAGUAGGAGUAGGAGCAGAAGACGUAGUAGGAGUAGAAGUAGAAGACGUAGUAGGAGUAGAAGUAGAAGACGUAGUAGUAGUAGGAGUAGAAGAUGUAGUAGGAGUAGAAGUAGAAGAAGAAGAAGAAGAAGAAAAGGAGAGUAACUUCGCAAAAUCGAAAGACAAAAGAGUAUAUGAAUCAAUAUGUGAAAAAAAUUCAGAGGAAAAUGAUAAUAGGGAUGAACCAAUAAGUGAAGCCAAUAUACAAAGGCUUUUGAGUAAUAAAAAUACAUUAGCAGAGGUGCACACUUUAAAGAGUAGCCUUUUAAGCAAUAAUUAUGAAUAUUUAAAUAAUGAAAAAAAUAUAGAAAAUUUAUAUGAUCAAGGAGCAAGAGAAAAUUAUACGAAUAUUGUCGGUUCUAGUAUAUUACAUGAUCGAAUAAGUACACUAUUAGAAAAAAGAGACAUCUGUGAAAAUAUAGAAAAUCAUUAUAUUUUAAAAAAAGGAGUUGAAGAACUAGAGGAAGUAAUAGAAAACAAUAUAAAUUUUAAUAUAUCCAGCUAUUUUAGUGGGAAUUAUGAUGAUUUUGAUGAUAACCAAACAGCAAAAGAAAUUAAUGAAGAGAUUAUACUGAAUGAUGAAAAUAUUUUUAAUGAUAAUAAUGGCAAUAAAAUUGAAUAUAAUAUGCUUAAACAAUAUAGUUCAAGUGUACAUAAUGAUAAAGACAAUAACAUGAAUGAUCAAGUACAAAAGGAGGUACCUGAUGCGCAGAGAGAUGCAACAAAUCUUCAUCUGAAUGAGCAGAGCAAUAAUUCUGAUGAAUAUGAAUAUGAGUAUAUCAAAAGUUUGAACGAAAAGAAAGAUACAAUCGAUUCAGAAUCAUUUCAAACGUUUAUUAAUUAUCAUAAUGAAUAUAGCAUACCAAUCGAAAGAAUGAACACCUUUGAAAAUUAUGCUGAAGAAUUUAAUAUGCUAAAAAAUUAUGAGCCUAUUGUUAGUUCCAUAUAUAUGGACAGCUUUUCAGGUAGGAAAAAUAAAGAAUUUAAUAGUAAGGGAAAUGAGAAGUCAGAAUCACAUAAUAUUCAAGACCUAAUAAAUUAUAUGACCGACAAUAUAAAAAAAAAAAAGUAG